GCGAGACACGGAGGCGCGCACACGGAAGAACAGAGGGGAACAGAACAGUAGAGGAGGAAACAACACAACAGAACCGAACCGAGAGGCGCGUCUACCGGCUAGCAGCUAUUUUUUACGCCGCGCUACAACCAGUCCAGCUGUUUUAUAGUUUAUAAACGCGUGGAUACUUAGCAGAAUUCCCGUGGAUUGAUCGAAAAUGGGGAACCGAGAGGAGGAGCGGCGGAAACUAGCCGACAUCAUCAACCACUGGAACGCGAACCGGCUUGACCUGUUCGAGAUCAGCCAGCCGACCGAGGAGCUGGAGUUCCACGGCGUGAUGAGGUUUUACUUCCAGGACAAAGUGGCCGGUAACUUCGCCACCAAAUGCAUCCGCGUGUCCAGCACGGCCACCACACAGGACGUCAUCGAGACGCUAGCCGAGAAGUUCCGGCCCGACAUGAGGAUGCUCUCGUCACCCAAGUACUCUCUGUACGAGGUCCACGUCAGCGGGGAAGAACGGAAGCUGGACCUGGACGAGAAGCCCUUGGUGGUGCAGCUCAACUGGAACAAAGAUGACCGAGAGGGACGCUUCGUCCUGAAGAACGAGAACGACAUCAUCCCAAAGAAAACCCAGAGCAACGGGCCGGAGAAGGAGAAAGAAGGAGUCAUCCAGAACUUCAAGCGGACGCUGUCCAAGAAGGAGAAGAAGAAGGAGAAGAAGAGGGAGAAGGAGGCCGGUGCCAGGAUUCCUGACGGAGACGACCUGUCGCUCCUCCGAGAGGACGGGGAGAACUCCAGGCUGGCAGCCGAGGUGUACAAGGACAUGCCCGAGACCAGUUUCACCCGCACCAUCUCCAACCCCGAGGUGGUGAUGAAGAGGAGGCGACAGCAGAAGCUGGAGAAGAGGAUGCAGGAGUUCCGCAGCGGCGAUGGACGUCCUGACUCAGGAGGGACACUGAGGAUCUACGCCGACAGUCUGAAGCCCAACAUCCCCUAUAAAACCAUCCUGCUGUCCACCACCGACACCGCAGACUUCGCUGUCGCCGAGGCGCUGGAGAAGUACGGCCUGGAGAAAGAGAACCCCAGAGAGUACUGCAUCGCCCGGGUGGUGCACUUCGAUGACAAGCCGGUGAAGGAGACCAUGCUGGAGGACACAGAAUGUCCCUUACAGAUCUUCAGAGACUGGACCAGUGAUACAGAGGCCCUGGUGUUCCAGCUGAAGAAGCGUCCGCCGGAUCUCAUGCAGAAGAAGGGACGCAGAGUGGACGACAGGAUGUCGGCGAUGCACGGGAUGCUGCCGCCGGAGAAGCUGCCCUACCUGGUCGAGCUCAGCCCAGGGCGGGGGAAUCACUAUGCCUACUACGCUUAUCGGCAUGAAGAUGGUUCCGACUCCAGAGAUAAACCCAAACUGUACCGGCUGCAGCACAGCCUCACUGAGGUGGGAUCGGACCGCAACGAGGAAGGUAACAUCCAGCUGUUCGGACCCGGGAUUCUCCCUCACCACUGUAACCUGAUGCACGCCGACGGACUGGUGACGGUCAGCCCGGCCAGUCUGGACUCCGAGACCUUCGUGGACGGUCAGAGGAUCUCGGACACCACGGUGCUGCGCAGCGGGAUGACCCUGCAGUUCGGAGCCGCCCACGUCUUCAAGUUCGUGGACCCCAGUUACGACCACGGCGUGGCCAGGAGGGACCCGGCCGGCAUGGUGAAGGGCAGACACAAGUCGGGGAGCGUCCCUGAGACGACCUUCGACCUGCAGGGGGACGUUUACAGUGGGAGCGCUUUUCCUACCAGCAAGAGCUCAGGUGAAAUGGAUAGAUCCAGUACGGUGAGUGAGAGAGGUAUGGUGAAGCCCAUGGUCCGCGCCGACCAGCCCAACUUCGGCAAGCAGGACGGAAGGACUCACGAUGGAGCGGAGCUCACGCUGCCGGCUAACAUCGAGUUCAGGGAGAACUCCGAAGACGCCUUCCUGUCGGCCGUCAUCAACUACACCAACAGCUCCACCGUGCACUUUAAGCUCUCCCCCACCUACGUGCUCUACAUGACCUGCCGCUACGUCCUGUCCAGCCACUACCGGCCGGACAUCAGUCCCUCCGAGCGCACCCACAAGGUCAUCGCCAUCGUCAACAAGAUGGUGAGCAUGAUGGAGGGAGUCAUCCAGGAGGUCGCUGAAGGUGAUCAGAAGCAGAAGAACAUCGCCGGCGCUCUGGCCUUCUGGAUGGCCAACGCCUCCGAGCUGCUCAACUUCAUCAAACAGGACAAGGACCUGAGCCGGAUCACGCUGGACGCCCAGGACGUCCUGGCGCACCUCGUCCAGAUGGCCUUCAAGUAUUUGGUGCACUGCCUGCAGUCGGACCUCAAUAACUACAUGCCGGCGUUCCUCGACGAUCCGGAGGAGCAGAACCCGCAGAGGCCCAAGAUAGAGGACGUUCUGCACACGCUGACGGGCGCCAUGUCUCUGCUCCGGCGCUGCCGCGUCAACGCCGCCCUCACCAUCCAGCUGUUCUCUCAGCUCUUCCACUUCGUCAACAUGUGGCUGUUCAACAAGCUGGUGACCGAGUCCGACUCGGGCCUGUGCUCGCACUACUGGGGUGCCAUCCUGCGCCAACAGCUCAGCCACAUCGAGGCCUGGGCGGAGAAACAGGGCCUGGAGCUCGCCGCCGACUGUCACCUCAGUCGCAUAGUGCAGGCGACCACGCUGCUCACCAUGGACAAGUACUCCAUGCAGGACGUCCAGAACAUAAACAACACGUGCUUCAAACUCAACUCCCUGCAGCUCAACGCCCUGAUGAGUAACUACCACUGCGCCCCCGACGAGCCCUACAUCCCCCCCGAGCUGAUCGAUCACGUGGUGGCGGUGGCGGAGAACACGGCGGACGAGCUGGCGCGCAGCGACGGCCGCGAGGUCCUGCUGGAGGAGGACCCCGACCUGCAGCUGCCCUUCCUGCUGCCCGAGGACGGCUACUCGUGCGACGUGGUGCGCAACAUCCCCAACGGCUUUCAGGAGUUCCUGGAGCCGCUGUGCCAGAGAGGUUUUUGCCGCCUCACCCCGCACCCUCGUUCUCCCGGAACCUGGACCGUUUACUUCGAGGGAGCCGACUGCGACAGCCACUUCUCCGCCGACAACUCGGACCUGCCAAUGAGGAAGGAACCCGAAGUCGUGACGGUGACGCUGAAGAAGCACAAUGGCAUGGGGCUCAGCAUCGUCGCCGCUAAGGGCGCCGGUCAGGAGAAGCUGGGCAUUUACAUCAAGUCGGUGGUGAAGGGCGGAGCCGCAGAUGUGGACGGACGUCUGGCUGCUGGAGAUCAGCUCCUCAGUGUGGAUGGAAGAAGUUUGGUGGGACUUUCUCAAGAGAGAGCGGCCGAGCUGAUGACCCGGACGGGCUCGGUGGUGACGCUGGAGGUGGCCAAACAGGGCGCUAUAUACCACGGCCUGGCCACGCUGCUCAACCAGCCGUCUCCCAUGAUGCAGCGCGCGUCGGACCGAGGCCGGGGAGACAAAGGCAAGAACAGGCCGAAGAGCGAGGGCUUCGAACUCUACAACAACUCGGUGCAGAACGGCUCUCCGGAGAGUCCGCAGGGGGGCUGGGACACUUACCCCGAACAGAAACGAGAGGAGAGGCUGCUGAAGAACCGCGUCGAUCACCGCUCCAGCCCCAACGUGGCCAAUCAAGCCCAGAGUCCAGGGGGUAAACCUGUGUACCCAGGAGCGCCAGGCAAGAUCACCUCUGUCUCCACGGGCAACCUCUGCCCAGAUGAUGAGUUGUCGCCUCCCCGUCCAGAGGCCUACCCCAUCCCCACACAGACGUACCCCAGGGACUACUUCACCUUCCCCGCUCCCUCGAAAUCUCAGGACAGGAUGGGACCCGGACCGGGACAGCCCUGGCAGGGCAACGAACCGGAGCCGCUUCCUCCCAUGGACAACCAUCACCAUAACAACAUACCGCGGGUGGCGCUGUCUCAGGAGGAUCUGUGCGAGGUGCCCGGUAGAUACCCAGGCGAGCGCGUGCGGCAGGACGAGCUCCUUCACCUCCAGCAGCAGCGUGAGGCGGAGUACCGGGCGGGAGAGCACUGGAACCACCACGCCUCGUCCUCGGUGGAGUCCAGCACCUCCAGCCAGGAGCGCCUGAACUUCUCCUCCUCCUCCACCAAGUCCCAAAAUAGUCAAAAGAGCGCCGCCGGUCUCUGGAAGACCCCCGGCGUGCCCCACCCGGGCCCGGUGGGCGUGACCCAGCCCACGCGCUCGGAUUUGCCGCCGCCUCCUCCGCCGCCUCUCCCCUCGCCUUACGACUUCGACCCGAAGGCGGACCUGCCUCUGCCUCCGCCCCCGUCCGUCGCCCAGCAGCAGGCGGCGGCGGCGGCGGCGGACCGCAAGAAGCGGGAGGAGCAGCAGCGCUGGUACGAGAAGGAGAAGGCGCGGCUGGAGGAGGAGCGCGACAGGAAGAGGCGGGAGCAGGAGAGGAAGCUCGGGCAGAUCCGCAACCCGGCGGCGCCUCCUCCGCCCGUCCUCCAGAACAACAACCCCCCCCAGCACCAGCAGAUGCCCCCUCCUCCGGCGCAGCCUUACCUGCCCCCGGUCCAGACCCAGCAGACCCCUCCGCCCCGCCCCGAGAAGCUCUCCACCCUCCCGCGCGCCCCCCCUCCCUCCGCCCCCCUGGACACGGUGAUCCGAGACAUGCAGCCGCAGCAGCAGCCGCGCACCAUCGAGCGGCGCGACCUGCAGUACAUCACCAUCAGCAAGGAGGAGCUGUCCGCGGCCGACAGCCUGUCGCCCGACCCGUGGAAGAGGGACGCCCGGGAGAAGCUGGAGAAGCAGCAGCAGAUGCACAUCGUGGACCUGCUGGACCGCGAGAUCCAGGAGCUGCAGGCCAAGCCGGAGCGCACGGCCGAGGACAACGACCGCCUGCGCAAGCUCAUGCUGGAGUGGCAGUUCCAGAAGAGGCUGCAGGAGUCCAAGCAGAGCGACGAGGACGAGGAGGAGGAGGACGACGAGGACGUGGACACCGUGCUCAUCAUGCAGAGGCUGGAGGCCGAGAAGAGGGCGCGGCUGCAGGAUGACGAAAGGCGACGGAAGCAGCAGCUGGAGGAGAUCCGCAGGCGCGAGGCCGAGGAACGGGCCAAGCAGCAGGAGGAGGAGCGGCGCUGGAGAGAAGAGGAACGAGCCAGACGCGAGGCUGACGAGAAGAGGAGACAGGAGGAGGAGUACUACGCCCGCCUGGAGGCGGAGAGGCGCCGGCAGCACGAGGAGGCCGAGCGCAAGCUGCUGACGCCGGACGAACCCGGUCUGUACAGACCACCUCUACCGCGGGACUACCAACCUCCCCCUCCCGCCACUAACACCAGCGCCACCAACCCUCCUCCGACCCCGCCUCAGAGAAACACGUCGUACCUCAAAACCCAGGUCGUCUCCCCCGACACCCUGUACACUGCCAAGUUUGUCUCGUACAAUGACGAGGAGGAGGAGGAGGAGGACGAUGCAGGCUUAGCAGGUCAGGUUAAGCUCUCGGCCACACGCAAGUCCUACGGCGACCUCCUGACGGCCCAAAAGCCCCGGCCGCCGCCGACCGCACGCAAGCCCCGCCCCCUCUCGGACGGCAUCUUUCUGUCCGGCUCGUUCCAGCCUCCCGCCUCGGCCAAUGCCAACAGUACUGCGCCCAAGGCCGGGCAAGCCCCUCCCGCCAAACCCAGCUUCAUUUCAUCCUCCAACCCCAAAGGGUUCAAUUCAUACACUGGAAACUCCAUGGCGGGGGUUGUAGGAUCGGGAGAGGUUUACAACGACCCGAGAGAGAAGUGGACCAAAGGUGGACAAGACCAGGAGAAUUCGAUAGGCGGAGCGCCGGAGAAUCUCACCUUUAGGGAGCGCCAGAGACUCUUCUCGCAGGGAAAAGAGGUUUCGAACAAGGUGAAGGCCUCUCGGAAGCUCAUGGAGCUGGAGAACGAGCUCAACACGAAAUAGAGGAAAUUUUACGAACCGUAAUUGUUCGGACAGCACUGGAACCUGAGGUCCAGUCGGAGCUUCCCGUCGGUCAUUCGAUGAUCUUUCCAUUUCCAUUUGUAUGAAAUAACUGGACCAGUGCGGCGCGGCGUGAUUCCCCUCUUAUCAAAGAUACUCUACAGCACUGUAAAGCGUCUUAAUUCUAGUAAGGAGAGAUGAAAUGGCAUAUUUUUGUUUGUAAGAUGUCAUUCAGAAUGCUGUGUUCUAUUUACAUUCUAUUUUUUUAAUCAUCACUCAGUAAUGCGGUGUUUCCUGAGCGCUGUUUUAUCCCCUUUCGGAAGGCGUGUAAGGGCGUGGCCGGUUCGGUUGCAGUGCGUUAUCUGUUCGUUUCUUGCGUUUGAAGUGGCCGCUCAUUCGUCUCUAGUUCGUCACGCCGUCUUGCGUUUUCAUUUUACUGUAGAGUUCGUCUGAGUUUAUGGCAAACGUGGCAUCGGUCUUCCUCUGGCUUCAGAAUCUAGGCGGUGAAGUUUAUGUUUAUAUCGUCAUUCCAGGAGAAAAAAAUGGUUUUUAUAAUAUUUUUCUAUUAUAAUAGUUUCUAUUAUAAUAGUUUUCUAUUUUCCCACUUUUAAGUUUUUUAUUAAGAAACCGAAUCGAACAGAACGUUCGUUUGUGUGGUUGAUUGACAGUCCAGCGUGUUUCUGUAGUUCCGAGCGAGAAUACGAUCGAUUUAAGUGAAGUGAAGUGAAGGUGUAGAAAACGAGGCCUGGACGUUUUGGUUCUGCUCAGCAGGUAUUUAUUCGUUUCUCUCGUUAUUUUUCCGGACCGUUUGAGAACCGUCCGCGUGUGCGGGUCUGAUUUAUAAGGGUGGUUUGUUUAGAGUUAGUUUAGACCCCCUGACCACAGUAUUGGAGACUAGACUUACAUCAGAUGUGGUUGUAUUUAGACAGUCUGGACUCGCCGGUGUAUGUGUAAAUUAUUUUCCGGAGUUUGUAAAUUCCAAACACACACACACACAGACACACACACACACAGACACACACACACACACACACACACACUACAGUGUCGAUGUUCUUUAUUUUUUCCUGCUUCAGAACUGUAAACUGACAUGUAUACACACGUCUUACGUUUUUCAUUUUAGGUUAAAGAAGAUUUAUUUGAUUCAUUUUAAUGGUUUAAACAUGUUAGGCUUUUGUAAAUCAUAAAUAAAUGCAGAUUUUACACUAAACACUAAA